AUGUUCCUGAGCAAAGCGAAGUCUGAAGCGGACUCUUCAUCCUCUCCCGGCGGGGACACCCUCAAACCCCGCACCGAUGCGCUGAUGGACAGCACGCAGGGCUCGUGCAUGGAUGCCGAGUCAUCAGGCUCGUUUGUUCCGACGGUCACGGCGAUCACCAGCACCCCGGAUUUGCAGUGGAUGGUCCAGCCGACCAUCAUCACGUCUGUAUCUCCGUCUCUGGGUAGAGCUAAAAGCAACGAACCGACUAAGACCAAGACAGCUGGGAACAAGGGGAAAUGCGCUGCCAGAAAGGGCAAGAGCGAGCAGCUCUCACCGGAGGAAGAGGAGAAGAAGAGGAUCAGGAGGGAGAGGAAUAAGAUGGCUGCAGCAAAGUGUCGCAACAGACGACGAGAACUCACAGACACCCUCCAGGCGGAAACCGACAAGCUAGAAGAGGACAAGGCUGCUCUACAGGCUGAAAUUCAGAAUCUCCUGAAGGAAAAGGAGAGGCUUGAGUACGUUCUUGCCACUCAUAAACCCAUUUGCCAACUGCCUGAAGAGCUGGACUUCAUGUUCCCAGAGUCUCCCCAGCCUCUUCCAAGUCCAGAAGCGGCCACCAAACUUCCAGAGGACUGUCCUCAAGAUUCAGCUUCUCUUCAGGACUUGGAGAUCCCAAUGGUUCCGUCCACCGCUAUUUCUGGGAACUCCAACCUCCUGUUGUGUUCCAGUGCAGAGGUCAGUUUGUGUGAUCUCGAGCCUUCUCUCGACAUCAAGGGCGAGCUCCUCGCAAACAUCGACGAGGACCGCGUCUCUGUGGAAACGGCCCGCUCUGUCCCUGACAUUGACCUGACCGGCUCACUGGGCAUCACAGACUGGGAGACCCUGUACAAGUCGGUGGCCAAUGACCUUGAACCUUUAAGCACCCCAGUGGUGAGCACUUCCACGCCAACAUGUAGCAACUACAUGUCUGUCUUUACCUUCACCUGCCCUGAGCUGGACUCCCUAGCUGAGGGACUUGACAAUUGCAAAGGUGGAAUGGCCAAAGCAGAAUCUAGCGUAGACAUCCUUAACUCUCCAACCCUUCUUGCCUUAUAAACGCAAGCAUAGAGGAUGUAAUGUCAUGAUGUUGUUCUUAACUACUGGAUAUCACCGUGUUAUGAUGUCCAGAUAUGUGAUGUCAUUGUGAAGCCAGCUGUUCAAUGGCUGCAUCCAUGAAAUGUGUGACUUGUAAGGCGGGAUGUUCCUUUCUUCCAGAUACAUUUGAUGUAGCCCAAA